ACAAAAUUGUUUUUUUUUGUGUAUGUUUUUUUUGUGAUGUUAAUGUUUGAUAAACAAUUUUAUUAGUAUAAUUUGAUUGAACACAUACAGUGUGGAGUUCGAUAUUUUUUGGAAGCAACAAAGAAUUAGCGUUCCAAAAUGUACGGGCUUCUACUCGAGAACAUGGCGGAGUACAUCCGACAGACUUACGGCGAGGAACGCUGGGAGGAUAUCCGGAGGCAGGCUGGAGUUGAACAACCUUCAUUCUCCGUUCACCAGGUGUACCCGGAGAACAUGAUCACCAGACUCGCCAAAAAAGCGCAAGAGAUGCUCGGCAUGUCUGAACGUGAAUUCAUGGAUCAAAUGGGCGUUUACUUCGUCGGCUUCGUGUCGCAAUACGGCUACGACAGAGUUUUAUCAGUGCUGGGACGUCAUAUGCGAGACUUCCUGAACGGGCUGGAUAAUCUCCACGAGUACCUGAAGUUCAGUUACCCCAGGAUGAGAGCGCCGAGUUUCAUUUGCGAAAAUGAAACUCGACAAGGCUUGACGCUACAUUACAGGUCGAAGAGAAGAGGCUUUGUUUAUUACGCUAUGGGUCAGAUUCGGGAGGUAGCCCGCCACUUCUACCACAAGGAAAUGCGAAUAGAGUUGGUCAGGGAAGAGUUAUUAUUCGACACAGUCCACGUGACCUUUCAACUGACAUUCGAUAACAGAGCGUUCACUUUAGCGUCUCUCGCGAUGACCAGAGAAGAGAAACAUCUGCCGAUCAGCGCUUCGGUACUCUUCGAGAUCUUUCCGUUUUGCAUAGUCUUUGGGUGA